AUGGCUAAUAAACUGCUGCAUGAGCGUGGGAGCAACCCUGUUGGCAAGAACUGGAUUGAUAACUUUGUUAAGAGGACUCCUAAGCUCCGCACGCGCUGGAGCCGUCCCUACGAUCACCAGCGAGCUACCUGCGAGGACCCAGCGGCUAUCCAGCGCUGGUUCGACUUAGUUCAGGCGACAAAGCAGAAGUGGGGUAUUGUGGACGACGAUAUCUACAACUUUGACGAAACUGGCUUUAUAAUGGGCAAGAUUUUAUCACAGUUAGUUAUCACAGGCUCAGAGGGAUAUGGCAAAAAGAAGCGGAUCCAGCCAGGUAACCGUGAGUGGGUUACUGUGAUCCAAGGCGUGGGCGCGUUAGGUCGCCGGCUACCCCCCUUUGUUAUCUUUGCGGGCAAGGUGCUUAUCGACGUCUGGUUUAAAGACCUGCCUACUGACUGGGUUCUUGAAGUUAGUCCUAAUGGCUGGACGAAUAAUCAGCUUGCUCUUGCGUGGUUAGAGCACUUUGAUACCUAUACAAAGAGGCAGACUGUGGGUGGGUAUCGACUGCUCAUUAUCGACGGCCAUGAGAGCCACUGCUCCGUCGAUUUUCAAGAUCUUUGCAAGGAGAAGAAUAUCAUUCUUCUCUGCAUGCCUGCGCACUCGUCUCACCUAUUGCAGCCCCUUGAUGUCGCCUGCUUCUCGCCGUUGAAGCGCAAGUAUGGCGACUCGAUCUCAGGCUUGGCACGCAACCGCACCAGCUAUAUCAGUAAGGAGACCUUCCUGCCAGCCUUUAAGGCUGCUUUUGAGCAGUCUAUUACGAAGGAGAAUAUC